GAGGCAGCGGCCGCCACUCUGGGGCCGGGAGCGCCGCGGGGGGGUCCCAGCACCAUGAAGACCCCCCCGGCCCCCACAUGAAGCCCCCCGGCGCCGUCGGGACGCUGCUGCGGGCGCUCGGCCGCCGCGACGGCACCGACACGCCCCGGCAGCCCCCCGCACCCCACAGCUUCCGCGAGAAGGCGUUCCGGCGGGGGGGCGUGUGCACCGCCUGCCGAGAGCCCCUCGGCCCCCAGGGCCUCGUCUGCAGAGUGUGCAAGGUCACCAGCCACAAGAGAUGUGAGGCGAAGGUGACAUCACCGUGCCAGGCUCUGCCCCCCCCCGAGCUGAGGAGGAACACGGCCCCCGCGCGACGCAGUGAGCACCUGGGCUCCACCAAGUCCCUCGGAAGCGCCCGGCAGCGGAACACCCUACCCAGGAGCGUCAGCCUGGAGCAGGUGAUGCAGCGCCAGUUCGAUUUCGACCUGACCUACGUGACCGAGCGCAUCAUCUGCCUCCGCUUCCCGCCCGCGCUGGACGAGCCGCGGCACCGCGCGCACCUGCGCGACGUGGCCCACAUGCUGGCCUCGCGCCACCGACACCAGUACGCGAUCUUCAACCUGUCGGAGAAGCGCCGGGACAUCAUCCGCCUCAACCCCAAGGUGCAGGAUUUCGGGUGGCCGGACCUGCACGCCCCCCCCCUGGACAAGCUCUGCUCCAUCUGUAAGGCCAUGGAGGGGUGGCUGCGGGGAGCACCCCCACACGUCGCGGUGCUGCACUGCAAGGGCAGUAAGGGCAAGACGGGCGUCAUCGUGGCAGCCUACAUGCACUACAGCAAGGUGUCGGCCAGCGCUGACCAGGCGCUGGGCACCCUCACCAUGCGCAAGUUCUGCGAGGAGAAGGUGGCGGCCGCGCUGCAGCCGUCCCAGAGGAGGUACAUCGAGUACUUCAGCGGGCUGCUCUCGGGGAGCAUCCGGAUGAACAGCAGCCCCCUCUUCCUGCACCACGUGCUGCUGCCCCCCCCUCCUCCCCUGCAGCCCCCCCACGAGGCCGCUCCCCCCGCAGGCUGCCAGCCCUUCCUGAAGAUCUACCAGGCCAUGCAGCUCGUCUACACCUCGGGGGUCUACACCCCCGGCCCCCAGAGCCUCUGCGUCACCCUGGAGCCCGCGCUGCUGCUCAAGGGGGGAUGUGAUGGAGGGUACAUGCAGGCAGCACAUGUGCAAGGGGUGCAUGGGUGA